AUGACGGGAAAGAAGAAGCAGCCAACGAGGGCCGUCUCGUUCUGCGAAUAUGUCGUCGGCACAACCAUCUCGUCUGCCCUUGGCCCUAUCCCCACGAAACCCCGCAAGAAGCGAGACGUUCUCACACUUGAAGUACUCACAGACGACGAAACCGAAGAAGAUACCAUCAAAAUUACAUAUCCCCGCUCUGGGAGACGUUCCAAAUCACGAACCACAGCAGAUGCGGCCGUCAAAAAGGUCCGUUUCGAGGAAACUCCCAAGAAAUCUGCUUUAAAGAAGGCAGCGUCCUCCGAGUCGGAAGACACACCAGCAGACUCGGAGGCAGAGAUAUCGGCUGAAUCAACCGACUCAAAAGCCGACGGCUCAGCAUCUCCCAAGAAGGAGAAGAGUAAGAAUAGCAACGAGAAGGGCAAAGAAGCGCCCAAACCCUCUGAGAGUGAUGAUGAUUCCGAGCCGCAUCCGACUUGUAAGUGUCCCAAGUGUAUUCGCGGCCGGCAGAAACAACAGCGUGAAGCAAAAAAGGGCUCCAAGAAUUGCAAGGCAUCCGAUUCCGACACGGACGUGACGACUGACGAGGAGAGUACUAAAGGUCAAAAGAAAGACAAGACGAAAGGAAAGACCAAGGACAAGGAGAAGGAGAAGGAAGAGAGUAAGGUGAACAGUUCGGACGGAGAGUCUUUAGAUGAGUCUGCCAAGGAUACAGACGAUUCGGAUGGACAGAAGAAAAAGCCGAACAAGCAGCAAGAAAAGAAAAAGAAGGGUGGGAGUAAAGAUGCAAACAGGAAUGAAGGUGAGCAAAAAGACGACGAAAAAAGCGGCAAGAAGCCCAAGGGGAAACAGCCCGAAAAGGAGCCUGACAAAAGGGAGGAGGAGCCAAAAAAGGAGAAGGAUGCCGAAAAGAAAACUUCUCCAAAGGAAAAGGCCACUGAAUCCAAGAAGGAAAGCAGAUAUCCAACACCAUUCCCAGGUCCUCACCCUCGCCGUCCUAACCUCAUCGCCCCAAUGCGCGCAGAAGUUAUCCACACAGAGCGGGUUAUCGAGACUCCCGAAGAUCCCCUUCCAAACGCAUACUACGACGCUCAACACAACAUUGUCCGGAUCUAUCACGGUCCAGUGUAUGGCCAUCAUCACCAAUCUCUCUACCCGAAACGAGAUCCGUCUCUUCGACCACUGCCCAUUGGCAUGCCCCAUCCAACUCAAAACCCGUAUUAUCACGGCUUUGACAGGGCAACAGAUAAAACCGGGAUGGAGCAUGUGCCCAUUACACAGGGCAUGGCUAUGCCAGCGUGGAACACAUUUGCCCCAGUAGGAUAUCCAGGAUAUCCAGCUCUCUUUCCCACUGCACCAUGGCCCACGAUGGAGGCGGGGGCUCAGAAUCGCGGCCAAAACAAGGGAGCAUUCAGUAUGGUCAACGCACCUCCUGCAGCAGCACCCUCGAGCAAAGAUCAGGAUAUCGCAGGCGGGAACAAUGUGUUUCCCCCUGGAAAGGAAAACCCAUACCUCGUGAAAAGGGGCAAGUCCCAGUUCAGCAACUACGCAGGCAGUAAUCGUUCUGCAGCGAAUGGAAGCCCCAGAAACUCUAAUGCUGGUAAAGCUGAUGCCCAGGGACAGAUAAACCAGCCGCAGCAGAGUGAAUGGGGAAACGGGAGCGCCAACGGAAAUGGGAACGGGAAUGGGAACGGGAAUGGGAACGGGGGAGACGCAAGCGGAUGGAAUAAUCAGACUCAGGAUAAUACAUGGGGUGGCAGCAACAACGGCGGCCAGAGUGCUUCGCAGCCUUUUGAAUCUGGGGGCAAUCAGGAGUCGACUUGGAACAACGACAAUAACGGUAAUGGGGGAGGAAGUGACUGGCCGACUGAUCAGGGGCAGUCUAAUUCUGGUAACGGCGGUUGGAAGAAUCAAGACACGCAAAAUGGAGGAGCCAGUAACGGCGGGCAGUGGGGUGAUACGGGACAACAAGAUAAUGGGCCACCUCCGGCGGAGGCGCACAACAAUGUUAUGCCUGGAGGCUGGGAUGCUGCCGCAGAGACUCCAUCGUGGGGAGAUACGACGAUGGCGGCGAGUACGGGCGGAAAGGUGGACCAAGCGUGGUGA